GCGCCACCCUCUCGCCAUCUCUCCCCCAUUGCGGCUGGGGAGCUGGCCCGCCCCGGCUCCUCCUCCUCCGGGCUCCGUGCGCCCGCCCUUCGCUCGCUCCCUCCUGCUUCGCCUUUGCCCGCCUGCUCGGCCUGGACUCUUGUACCGGAUCCCUCGGAGCGAGGAGCCGCCGCAGAAGCAGCAGCAGCAAGAGCCCCGUCGAGCGCCAGGCAGAGGCGGGCGAGCCCGAGAGCGCAGAGAGGCGAGCCAUGGCGCACGAGGACGCAGCGGGUGCCGGUGCCGGUGCCGCCAGCGAGAGCCCGGAGGCCAGCAGCCCGGGGCUGCUGCUGGAGAUCGUCAGCUCCCCGCUCAACCUGAGCCUGCUGGGCCUCUGCCUCUUCCUCCUCUACCAGAUCGUCCGCGGCGACCGGCCCAGAGCGCAGCCCGACGGCGAGGAGGAGCCGCCGCCGCUGCCCAAGCUCAAGCGCCGCGACUUCACGCGGGCCGAGCUGCGCCCCUUCGACGGCGUGCAGGAGCCGCGCAUCCUCAUGGCCAUCAACGGGAAAGUCUUCGACGUCAGCCGCGGCAGGAAGUUCUACGGGCCCGAGGGCCCGUAUGGGGUUUUUGCUGGAAGAGAUGCAUCAAGAGGCCUGGCUACCUUCUGUCUGGAUAAGGAAAUCCUGAAGGAUGAACAUGAUGACCUUUCUGAUCUGGACGCAACGCAGAAGGAGACCUUGAGUGACUGGGAACAGCAGUUCACAUUUAAAUACCACUAUGUAGGCAAACUGUUGAAGGAUGGAGAAGAGCCCACUGUUUAUUCGGACAAUGAAGAAGAAACAAAAGAUGCUAAAGAUCGCAAAAAUGAUUAGCAGACUGAAGAGCAAUCUGGAGGGGGCGUUUGGGGAGCUUUAGAGGACCUUUGUGUCACAUUCUAGUUGUGUUUCAACCCUUUUGAGCGCCCAUCAAGCCCCAUUGGUAAAAAUGGCUUGCAGCGAAUUGGCUAUAAUUAAACACAUUUUAAUCUAUCUCACCUUACCGGCCAGCACUGAGCUUCUUAGAUCAAAGCUGCCUGGUCCAAACUGGCAUGGCAGGAACAAGAAGAGGGAAACCCACCAAAGUCGUGGAGAAUAAAAAAGUGAAAAUGCUCAAACCUUGAUGCUGUGUAACUUCCAUUCACUUUGUGGUGAGUCACAAAGAGCUUCCCCAUUGAGGGGACAUUGCACUGCUAUAGUAUUUGAUGGAUGGUGUCCAAAGUGAACUGUAGGAGUAAGCUAAGAUGGUUUUCUCCCAUUUCCACCCCCCAUAAUUUGGUAUGGAUUGAUGGAGAUCCACAAGUUUUCCUACAGUAUCCUAGUCCAUAACUAACAUUCCUUUUCAACAGUAGCCAUUUUAACAACUUGAUCUCAGUUAACCAACCACUGGGCAGUUCCAAGGAUAAUGGAAUCAGGUAUGUUACCACUUUUUCAAUGACUGUAGUCAUAAGCCGAUAUACCCGAGUAGGCAAGAGACUAUCUACUAUAAGGCCAUAUAUUUACAAAACCUUUAAUUAUACUGUCCGAAACGUGGAAAAUAUAUUGGCAAUGGAAUCAGAAUUUUGAACAUCCUUUCUGAUUCUGUUACUCAUGUAUUUUGCACAUGCAGACAGUAUUUAAGGGUUUUGUAAAAAUAUGGCCUUAUAGGAGGAAGAGUUCUCUUGGCAGUGCGUAUAUAUAAUAUUAGCUGUGCUUGUGGCUGCAGUCAAUGAAAAAGGGGUGACACGCCUGAUUCCGUUACUCUUGGAAUUGUCCCACGGUUCCAUUGGAACAACACACUCAAGUUUAUUCUGUCUGUUGCAAGUUGCUCCUUUUUGGAGUCCCUCUAUUUACACAGUAUCCGGAGCAUUGUAAAUAUUCUUAUGUAGGGGUAAUACAGUUUAUUCAUAAUGUAUAAAGGUUGAAUAAAAGCAUUUGCUGUUUUUAUAGAGAGAUGUGCACCCGUCAACAACUGAGUGGUUUCAGAAUAAACGUUUGCUUAGAGUUGAAUAUCACUUUGCUGUCCAUUCAGAGCUAUGUAACCUGUACAGCGAUUGCCUGCUUCAUUUACCUGUAACGUCAGCUUUCAGUACUGAUUAUACUCACAAUCUGAUGUAUUAUAUUUACAGUACAACAGUCGUUCAUGUGUAUUCUGAGAAGGAUGUCCAACUGAGUUCCAUUAGAACAUUGGUUGGCUAACAUCAGCCCCUCAAAAAUGGGCGCUCCCACUAGUGAGUGGUUUGAGCUACUAGCUCCAUCUGGAAGGGACAUUCCAGAACAGUAUGGGGGUGGUUCUUCAUGGCUGUUGAUCAUUUGGCUUUUUCUUGUCCGCACCAUGCAACACAUUGCAUCAGAGAAACAGCUCAAAGAAGCAAAUGUGUUUCACUUAGAGAGCAGGGGUGCAUUGUGGCAGGGCGUGAUGGGAGUUUUAGUCCAACACCACCCAUGUUUAAGAACCCCUGACUUCGAGGAAGCAAAAGAAAUCAGAUCAGGCCAAGGGAUCAACCCCUACCCCAGAAUGUUCUAGUACAAGCAGGAGCAGAAAUCUACCACUGCAAACUCUGAACAAACCAGGACCGUGGAAGAAAUAGAUUCAAAACUUGCAGCCAGGCGAGUUUCGGUGAGAGGGAAGAAUAUCUUCCUAGCCGAGAACUAGUUGAGCAGCGGAACAAAGUUAUUGGAGAAAGUGGGGGAACCUGUUUCACUGGAGGCUGGAUGACAAGUUUGUUUAUGAUUUAACUUACUUUUUACUUUAAAGCUAGAGUCCUGGCGUGUCAGGUAUGUUCUUAGGAACUGGUGAAACUCCUUUGAAGCCUGAUUGCAAGAAUGGCAUGCUUAUCUGCAUUAUCUAAAAGACAGCUGGCUAAGAUAGGGCACACUGCUUAGAGGUACUGCUAAGAGGACAUUUUUUGAACACCUCAAAAAGUGAAAGGUGGUUGGAUUAACUGAUUUCACCUAUUAUGAAACAUCUUGCAUUUGCUGUACCAAUUUGUAAGUGUAUGUGUCUGUCUGUCUUGUCUUCUUCCCCUCCCACUUUUUACAUUUUUCAUAGAAAGCAAUAACUGUCAAAUCCUUGAAAGAAUUUCUACUGAUCAAAAGCCAUUUUAAACACUAAGCACGGUAUUCAGAAUCCCCAUCCCUUUUCCAGAAAAAUAGCUUGGUUUCAUAGAUUUUUUUUUUGCCUGUUGGUAAAACACUAGGCCUUAAAGACAGAUAUUUAGCUGAAGUGUCAUGACCUACCUCUGGGCGUUCUAGGCUAAUUAAUGGUAAACUAGAAUGAUAUUUAGUGUUGCUGUGUUCCUCUUUUUAAAAAGUCUCUGAUAAUCCUUGCCAAGCUGACUUUGGAUGUCUUUGUUUCAGAUCAAGGACAAAAAGCUUGUACUUGAUUUUUUAUUUUAGACAAACAAUAAAAUCUUCCUAGAAAUGUGACACUUCUUUGCUUGAUCUAAAAUGAAACGUAGUAUUUUAGAGCUUCUCUUGACAGUGUGGCCAUGAGCUAUUUGUAAUGGAAUCUCUCACGUGCUCCUUCCUAAGCCUUACUCUAUCUCCUGCACUGUGAAAUAAAUAUUAAUGAU